UACAAAUAUUUAGUCUGAGAUCCAUUGUGUUGCUUCCUUGUUUGCAGAAUGAAGAGUUCAUUGCUUGGACAGAGCCUCGAAUGAGAUCAGUUUCCAGAAGAAGCAAAGAGAGAAGUUGAGUUGCCUGUGAGGGAGAAGCAAUUCAAAGCCCUCCUAAAUUUCUGCCUUCUAUCUUCUGGGUUAUUGAUUGAAUCCUGAAGAUUUUCCUUCUACCUCUUCUAUCCAGAGAGAACCACUUGCUUUCUCUGCUCUGGCCUAGGCCCACCCGGAAACGAAAAAGAGGUGUGAAACAGCUUGAAAAUACAACAUUGAUCCUGGAAUCUUGUUUUCUUUUCAGACUUGGAGGUUUGAAGUUGUUUGUGGGCCAAACUAUCUCAUAAGGAAGGAAGGCUAGAUAGUGUACCAAGAUUUUUAUCCAGGGCUCUUAAAUCCGGUGGAGAUCCAUUGGCCCCUUUCAUAUCCUCAGUCUUGGAGAUCCAAGGCAGCUGUUGGCAUCCUUUGCAUCUGGAUUAGAAAAUAAAGGGGGGGAAUGGAGGGACAACACCCGUUAUAUGCAGAAGCUGGACAAAGCUCUGUUUAUACUCAGUUUGGGAGCUGUGAGGCAGUCAGGAUAAAAACUGAAGAGAUAGACCAAGAGGAAGAGUCUAUCAUAGCGGUCAGGAUAAAAACUGAAGAGAUAGACCCAGAGGAAGAGUCUAUCAUAGCGGUCAGGAUAAAAACCGAAGAGAUGGACGUAGAGGAAGAGCCUAUCAGCUCAGAGGUCCAGCGUGAAAACUUCAGGAAAGCGUACUACCAGGGCCCCAGAGAUACCUGCAGCCGUCUCCAUCACCUUUGCAAUCAGUGGUUGAAACCAGAAAGACAUACAAAGGCCCAGAUGCUGGACCUGGUGGUUCUGGAGCAGUUCCUGGCUGUCCUGCCCCCAGAGAUGGAGAGCUGGGUGCGGGAGUGUGGACCAGAGACCAGCUCUCAGGCGGUGGCCCUGGCGGAAGGCUUCCUCCUGAGCCAGGCGGAGGAGCAGAAGGAGCAGCUCCAGCGGCAGGUCCAAAGGCAUCUCUCCACCAUUCCUCAAUGUCUGGAUGGAAAGAGCAACCCCUUAAAUCUUUCCCAGGAACAGCUUAUUUGGAAGAUAUCCCAGGAAAGUCGACGUUUGGGCAUCCCUCCAGAGAAUAUCAUGAAGUCACUGGUAUUUAUGGGUCUCUCCCCCUUUUCUGGUGAACCCAAAAAAGCACCCAAGCGUCCAGUUCAGGAUUUUGUGACCUUUGAAGACGUCGCUGUGUAUUUCUCCGCGGAGGAAUGGUCUCAGCUGGAUCCGGAUCAAAAAGCCCUUCAUAAAGAAGUCAUGCUAGAAAACUACAGAAAUGUGGCUUCUCUGGAAAAGCUAUUAUAUAGGUGCAGGGAAUGCGGAGAAAGCUUCAGCAGCAACAGUUCCCUCAUUUCCCACCAAAUAACCCACACAGGAGUGAAACCCUAUAAAUGCAUGGAGUGUGGGAAGAGCUUCAGAAAACGCAGUUACCUUACUUGUCACCGAAGGAUCCACACGGGGGAGAAACCCUUCAAAUGCACAGAGUGCGGGAAGAGCUUCAGCAAGAACAGUUCGCUUACUUACCAUAGAAGGAUCCACACGGGGGAGAAGCCCUUUAAAUGUGUCGAGUGUGGAAAGACCUUCAGUAAGAACAGUUCCCUGACUUCCCAUACCAGGAGCCAUUCAGGGGAGAAGCCGUAUCGGUGCCUGGAGUGUGGAAAGAGCUUCCGGUGGCACAGUCAGCUGACUUCCCAUAAAAGGAUCCACACGGGGGAGAAUCCCUACGAAUGCACGGAGUGCGGGAAAAGCUUCAGCACUAGCAGCAGCCUCACUUCCCAUAUAAGGCGCCAUUCCGGCGAGAAACCCUACGAAUGCCCAGAGUGUGGGAAGAGCUUCCGGGGUAGCAGUGCCUUCGCUUCUCACAAAAGGAUCCACACGGGGGAGAAGCCGUACAAAUGCACGGAGUGUGGGAAAAUCUUCCGAAAGAGCAGUUCCCUUGCUUCCCAUAGAAGCAUCCACACAGGGGAGAAACCCUACAAAUGCUUGGAAUGCGGUAAGAACUUCCGGGAAAAUGGAUCCCUGACUUCUCACAAAAGGAUUCACCAAGGGGAGAAACCCUAUAAAUGCACGGAGUGUGGAAAGAGCUUUAGCCAAAGCGGGAAUCUGAUUUCCCAUAAGAGGAGCCACUCGGGUGAAAAACCAUACAAGUGUGUGGAGUGUGGGAAGAGAUUUAUGUGGAACAGUCAGCUGACAUCACACAGAAGUCUCCACACAGGGGAGAAACCAUAUACAUGCGCCGACUGCGGGAAGAGCUUCAGCGACAUCAGUCACCUGACUUCUCACAAAAGGAUCCACACAGGGGAGAAACCAUAUAAAUGUGCAGUAUGUGGAAAGAGCUUCAGCCAAAACAGUUCCCUGAUUCUCCAUGAGAGGAUUCACACUGGGGAGAAACCCUAUAAAUGCACAGAGUGUGGAAAGAGCUUCCGUGAAAAGAGAUCUCUUCAUUCCCACAAACUGAUCCACACCGGGGAGAAACCGUAUAAAUGUAUGGAGUGUGGAAAGCACUUCCGUGAAAAGAGAUCUCUUCGUUCUCAUAAACUGAUCCACACAGGGGAGAAACCAUAUAAUUCCUUGGACCAGAAACCAUGGAAAUGUGCCGAGUGUGGAAAGAAUUUCAGGUGGACGAGUGAACUCGCUUCCCAUAUGAGAAUCCAUACGGGGGAGAAACCAUUUCCAUGUGCGACAUGCGGAAAGAGGUUUAGAUUGAACAGUGAACUUACUCUACACAAAAGAGUCCAUACCGGGGAGAAACCGUACAACUGUCUGCAGUGUGGAAAGAACUUCAGCAUGAGCCGCAACCUGACUUUUCACACAAGGAGGCACAUGGGAGAGAAGCCCUACCAAUGUAUGGAAUGUGGGAAGAGCUACAGUUCAAGUGGAUCCCUGUUGUCGCACAACAGGAUCCACACGGGAGAAAAAACGUACAAGUCCUAUGUAUGUGCGGAGUAUGGAAAGAACUUCUGUAAAAAUUACACGCUUACUAUUCACAAGAGGCUUCACACGGGAGAGAGACCUUAUCAUUGCACAGAAUGUGGGAAGAGCUUCAAUCAGAAGUACAACCUUACGACUCAUAAGAGGAUUCAUUCGGGAGAAAAACCCUAUAAAUGCAGCGAAUGUGGAAACAGCUUCAGCACUUCCGGUAGCCUCACUGCCCACAUGAGGAUCCACACAGGUCAGAAACCCUACAAAUGCAAAGAGUGUGACAAGAGCUUCGGCCGAUGCAGCAGCCUCACUCUCCAUAAAAACAGCCAUGCCAGGCCCUACAAAUGUCCAGAGUGUGGAAAAGCCUUCAAUAGGAACAUGAGCCUGGUCUAUCAUAUGAGAUGCCACACUGGCGAGAAGCCCUAUAAAUACACAAUGUGUGAGAAGAGCUUCAGUCCAUGCAGUAACCUCGCUUCUCAUAAAAUAAUCCAUACAAAAGAGAAGCCCUAUAAAUGUAUGGACUGCGGAAAGAACUUUAGGUGGAGAGGUAAUCUUAACUACCAUAAAAAGAUCCAUUUGGGGGAAAAGCCCUUCAAGUGCGCAGAAUGUGGAAGAAGUUUCAAUAUGAACAGUUCCUUGACUUAUCAUAAAAGGAUCCAUAUGGGAGAGAAACUCUAUAAAUGCAUUGACUGUGGUAAAACCUUCACUAUGAACAGUGCCUUUACUUUUCAUAAAAGAAUCCAUAUGGGAGAGAAACCUUACAAAUGCCUGGAAUGUGGAAAAAACUUCAGCACCAGAAGUUAUCUGACCUCCCAUAAAAGAAUCCACACAGGGGAAAAACCCUAUAAAUGUGUAGACUGUGGAAAAAGUUUCAGUAUGAAAAGUUCCUUUACUUACCAUAAAAGGAUCCAUAGGGGAGAGAAACCAUACAAAUGCCUGGAAUGUGGAAAAAGCUUCAGUAUGAAUAGUUCUCUUACCUACCACAAAAGGAUCCACACGGGAGAAAAACCCUAUAAAUGUCCGGUGUGUGGAAAGAGCUUCAGUAGCAGCAGUUAUCUAACUUCCCAUAAAAGGAUCCAUACAGGGGAAAAGCCCUAUAAAUGCAUAGAAUGUGGGAAAAGCUUCAGUUUGAACAGUUCCCUUGCUUCUCAUAAAAGAAUCCAUACAGGAGAGAAACCAUAUAAAUGCACGGACUGUGGAAGGAGCUUUAGCAGCAGCAGUUCCCUUACUUGCCAUAAAAGGAUCCAUUCAGGGUUGAAACCUUAUAUAUGCAAUGAAUGUGGGAAGAGUUUUAUUUCAAGCAGCUCCCUUACUAAACACAUUAGUAUCCACUCAGGGGAGAAAUUAUACCCCUGUACAGAAUGUGGGAAAAGCUUCAGAUUGAAUAGUCACCUAACUUCCCACAAGAGAAUGCAUUCUGGAGAAAAACCUUAUCAAUGCACAGAUUGUGGUAAAAGCUUCAGUAUGAAUAGUUCCCUUACUUCUCAUAAGAGGAUCCAUUCAGGGUUGAAACCUUAUAUAUGCAAGGAAUGUGGGAAAAGUUUUAUUUCUAGCAGCUCCCUUACAAAUCAUGUUAGUAUCCACAUAGAUGAGAAACUAUAUCAGUGUACAGAGUGUAUGAAAAGCUUCAGAUGGAAAAGUCACCUAAUUUCCCAUAAAAGGAUGCAUACAGGAGAGAAACCCUAUAAAUGCACGGACUGUGGAAAAAGCUUCAGUAAGAACAGUUCCCUUACUUCUCAUAAAAGGAUCCAUACGGGAGAGAAACCCUAUGAAUGCACAGAGUGUGGGAAGAGAUUCAGCAAAAGCUGUUACCUUACUUCCCAUAAACGAAUCCACACCAGAGAUAAAAUCUAUAAGUGCCUAGAGUGUGGAAAGAGCUUCAGGGACUACAUUUAUCUAACCUCCCAUAAAAGCAUACAUACUGGAGAAAAACCCUCUAAAUGUUUAGAAUGUGGGAAGAGCUUUAAAAGAAGUAGUUACCUGAUAUGCCAUAGAAGGAUCCAUUCAAAUGAAAAACCUUACAAAUGUGUAGACUGUGGUAAAAGGUUCAAUAUGAAAAUUUCCCUUACUUACCAUAAAAGGAUACACACUGAUGAAAAACCCUUUAAAUGCAUAGAGUGUGGGAAGAGCUUCAGGACUAGUGGUUGCCUGAUAUGCCAUAGAAGGAUCCAUUCAGGGGAAAAACCCUAUAAAUGUGUAGACUGUGGAAAAAGCUUCAGUACAAGCAGUUAUUUUACUAAGCAUAAAUUGAUCCAUGCAGGAGAGAAACCCUUUAAAUGCAUAGAGUGUGGGAAGAGUUUUACUCAAAGUGGUGGCCUUAAUUCCCAUCAAAGGAUUCAUACGGGAGAGAAACCCUAUAAGUGUAUAGAGUGUGGAAAGAACUACAGAAGUAACCCUCAACUGACAUCCCACAAAAGAAUCCAUUCAGCUGAAAAACCUUUUAAAUGCACGGAGUGUGGAAAGCCCUUCAGGAGUAGCAGUUGCCUUGCUUCUCAUAAACGGAUCCACACAGGAGAAAAACCCUAUGAAUGCCUGGAGUGUGGAAAGCGCUUCAGUGUAAAGAGUUCUCUCACUUCUCAUAAACGGAUCCACACAGGAGAAAAACCCUUUAAAUGCCUAGAGUGUGGGAAGGGCUUCAGGCAAAGCUGCGACCUUGGUACCCAUAAACGGGUCCACACAGGAGAAAAACCCUUUAAAUGCUUGGAGUGUGGGAAGAGCUACAGAAACAGCAGUUACCUGAACGUCCAUAAACGGCUGCACACGGGAGAGAAGCCCUAUAUAUGCCUGGAGUGUGGAAAGAGCUUCGCUAUAAAGACUUCUCUUACUUCGCACGAAAGGAUCCACACAGGAGAGAAACCCUAUAAAUGUCUAGAGUGUGGGAAGAGCUUCAACCAAAGCAGUCAAUUUAGUUUCCAUAACAGGACCCAUACAGGGGAAAAACCUUAUAAGUGCACAGUCUGUGGAAAGACCUUCGCUGCCAGUGGCUAUCUGAUUUACCAUAAAAGGACUCACACUGGAGAGAAACCUUAUAAAUGCCUGGAAUGUGGAAAAGGCUUCAGUGAUAACCGUUCCCUUAUUUCUCAUAACAGGAUCCACACAGGGGAGAAAUAGUACACGUGCAAUGAAUCUGGGAAGAGUUAGAGUACAAGUCAGUCCCUUACCACAUUAAUACCUACACGCAGAAGAAAUUGUGCCAGUGCACGGAACGUGGGAAGAGUUUCAGAUUAAAAAGUCACCUUACUUCCCAUAAGAGGAUCCACACACAGGAGGGAAAUAGAAAUGUACAGAAUGUGGAAGGAGUUUUUGUGAAAGCAGGAUGCUUCUCAAGAAAGAACCCACAGAGGAAAAUAUCCUGUGGAAAGCAAUCAACUUAUUUACCACAUUAAUAUGAUCCAGAUCAGGACCACAUACACGGCAGUCUCCUUUAGGGAAUGAAAUGUCAUUAAUUUGUGAUAUGAAACCAUCUAAAGUUAGGGAGUAAAAAGAAUUACAUCUGUGGAAAAAUGUGGUAAAACAGUCUCUCUUUUUUCAGAGGAUCACUGCAGGAGCAACUGAAUAAAGGGAUUGAUUUUGGAAAGCUCCCAGGAUAGUGUUCUUAAUUCAAGAGACAUUACCUAUUCAAGUUAAGGUGUCACUCAAGAAAAUAUGUUAAAACAAUUGCCCCUCUCAUUACUCCAAAACUUCACAACCUCAGCUUGGUCAAGCUGCCUUAUUUAGGCAGAAUCGACGUCUGAAGUGAGUUUGGGAUCAGCCUCCAGGCUUUGUGAAGAGCUGGUGUAUGCAAGCAAAACAAAGCAAAGCAAGAAAGCAGGUGACCCAAAAACGAGCCGAGGGUCAAUACUAUUGACAUCAAUAACACAGUCAGUUAAAUCAAAGCACCAGAGGACAGGACAAGAAGUAACAGAUGGAAUCUACUUGAGGGGAGAGAAACAACCUGAAAUUAAAGAGAAACUUCCUAACGGCGAGGACAAGAUUUUCAAAUGCCACUUUACUGCCUCUAUUUCAUUUUGUGAUAUCAAGUUCAUCAGAAAGAUCAAUCGUACUUGACAUGUCAGGUUGCUAUGGUUUAGGAGAAAACUGUUACUAGCGUGAUUGUGACUUUGUACUUUUUAAUCCUAAUAUAUUUUUAAAAACAUACUUCCUGAUUAUUAAGAACCUUUCUCGUUUUCUAAUAAAUUA